AUGCAUUUACAAGAUUUUUCCCUUGAAGUUUUGGUAAAUGGGAAACCUUUACCGGAAUACAAUCUUUCGGUUGAUGAAUCUGAUUUAAAUAGUACAUGUUUUUCUUAUGUUACGGAUCCAUCGUCACAAACAAAAAAAUGCAGCAACUUUACAACAUAUAUUCCAGUUAUAACACCAGGAGAACGUUAUACAAUAAGAACGGAAGCUAAACAAGCAAACUCUUCCAACAUUAUAAUUUCACGAUUAUAUAUAGAUGGACAAUUUGAUCAAGUACAAUUACUUCACCAACUUCAAACCUCAAGAAUAAGAUCAUACUUCAUUAAUCAUGAAAGGAAUAAAGUUUAUUUCUUUAAAUUCGCCAGCACAUCUCAAUUUGAUAAAAAAGAUGAUGGUGUUUUCAAAGUCCCUUUUCCAGUUAAAAAACAUUCAACAAAGCAAAUUCAAAAUGUAUACGGGAAACCUGGUACUAUUACCGUUUGUUUUUUCAAAGGUAUCAUUGUUGAUGAAAGUGCUUUACAAAAUAAACCAGAAUUCGAAGUUAAACAAGUGAAGAUUAAAGAUUCGGCUGAUAUUAAGAAUAAGGAUAUUGGUUUUACUACUGAUUUUGAUGCCAUGGAUGCGAAAAUUCAUCCUUCGACUGUAACAAAAAUUAUUGAUUUAAACCCCCUUGCUGUGUUACAUCUUCACUAUCGUUCUGGAGAUUGGCUGUCUAGUAGAGGAUUUUCUUUACCGAUUUUAUGUACCGACAAAGAAAAAAAUGAAAAGAUUGUAAAGUCGAAUACCAAUGAGGAUGAUAGUAAAUUUGCAAAUGAUUUUCAAGAAAUCAUUGUUGAACCAACCAAAAAUAUUGACGAGGUUUCAAAAGAAAUUCCAAUAAUCAUGAAGGUUGAAAACAAUAAAACUAAAUCUAAAAAAAUCGACAUAAUUCCAGAGAAAUCUCAAGACAUAAUGGAUAUCAAUGCUGAUCAAAUGAAAGAAGACAAAAUCAUAGAACAAGCAAAUAAAAUCGAUGAAACUCCAAUAUCUACAGAAGAACUCAUAGUAAUUGAAAACGAUAAUAUAGAAGAAGAAAAAAAGAUUGAUGAAAUUCCAAAAGUAUCAAAAGAAAUCAUGAAAAUUGAAAACACCAAUGUAGAACAAGCAAAAAAAAUUAACGAAAUUCCAAAGAUAUCACAAGAACUCAUGGAAAUUGAUAACAAUAUAGAACAAACAAAAAAAAUGGGUAAAACUCCAGAAGUAUCAAAUGAAAUCAUGAAAAUUGACAACACCAAUUUAGAAAAAACAAAACAAAUCGACGAAAUUCCUGAAAAAGCAAAUGGUUAUGCAACUACCGGUAGUUGA